CGCCAGCAAUUUAUUUCACUGCGGUCGCAACCAGCAGAGAUCUUCCUUUAGUCUCAUAUAAAUACAAUGUAUCAAAUCCUAGAGCUGUAAAAUACUGUAACAACUAAGAACAAAAGAAAAUCGUGGAUUCACGUACAGCUGGCUUUUUGAUUUAUGCAGUCGCAGCCACCAAACAAAAGAAAGUGGCGUUAACAAAAAAAAAUUCGUUUGGCACAUGUUUUGGAGACUUCUUCAUGAGUGCCAGCAAUAAAGAUUUGACCAGCAAAAUCAACAAUUUAUCGAUAACAUCCGAUUCCGACAAACUCGUUACAAAAGAUGGACGAUUGAGUCAAAAAUCAUAUGACAAGGAGGCAUUGAAGCAACGGUUACAAAUUCUUGGACGGAAUCCCGAACAAAAUAUAUUGAACGUUAUACGACAGGCUUGCACUGAUACCUUAUCACGAGACGAUUUCGGCAAAACGCUUCAAAGCAUAAAGGCCAACUUCGUACAACGGGACUAUGAAGGCAUCUUUACAGCAGAAGCACGUAACCUACAAGUAUAUAGUGCUGCCUAUGUUCCUGGACGCGCUCUUUGCUAUUUCGAAAUUUUCUGUCAGUCGCAACUGCUCAAGCUAUUAGCCCGACGGACGUGUAUCUACGCCAUUGGAUCCGGAAGUGGUUCAGAGCUUGUCAGUUUUGCAGCCGCCAUGACGCGUGUACCUGCUGAACGACAACGGAUAAAGCUUAUCAUGCAAGAUAUUGGCGAAUGGGCUAAAGUUCUGGAAACGUUCGAGUCAGCGUCACGGCAAUCUUGGAAACUGACAGAAGAGCAGUUCUCGUGUCAAUAUUUGCAAGGGGAUAUCUUGGAUCCGACCAAGCGUGACGAACGAGCCCAAAGAAUAGCAGACGCAGAUUUGAUUACCUUCAUGUUUGUGAUGAACGAGCUGUUUGUUAAAAAGGCUGCUGCCAUGGAAAUGGUCCAGUCUCUGGUUACCAAUAUGAAGAAAGGUGCCCAUUUAUUGGUGGUUGAAUCAGCAGGAUCGUUUUCACACCUCAAAGUUGGCAAUAAGACGUAUAUGGUUCAUAUGCUUCUAGACGCUAUCAAGGACUUACAGUCUGUCAUUAGUGAUGAUGCGCGGUGGUAUAGACAUCCAGACAAUGUGAGAUAUCCCCUUGAUGUUCAAAAUAUGCGAUAUUUUAUUCGAUUAUACAAAAAAAUAUAA